AUGGGGCCCUACAGCGAUUCCUGCCUGGAGCCCCUGGAGGCAGAGUCGCCCUCCCAGCCCCCCAAGAGGAGGAAGAAGAGAUACCUGCGGCAUGACAAGCCCCCCUACACCUACUUGGCCAUGAUUGCCUUGGUGAUUCAGGCCUCACCCUCCCGCAGGCUGAAGCUGGCCCAGAUCAUCCGUCAGGUCCAGGCCGUGUUCCCCUUCUUCAGGGACGACUACAAGGGCUGGAAAGACUCCAUCCGCCACAACCUCUCCUCCAACCGAUGCUUCCGCAAGGUGCCCAAGGACCCUGCGAAGCCCCAGGCCAAGGGCAACUUCUGGGCGGUCGACUUGAGCCUGAUCCCGGCAGAGGCGCUGCGGCUGCAGAACACGGCCCUGUGCAGGCGCUGGCAGAACCGGGGAGCGUGUGGAGCCUUCGCCAAGGACCUGGGCCCCUACGUGCUUCAUGGCCGGCCCUACCGGCCGCCCAGUCCGCCACCACCGUCCAGCGAGGGCUUCAGCAUCAAGUCCCUCCUAGGGGACCCUGGGGAGGGGGCAUCCCCCUGGCCCAGGCUAGCGCCACAGAGCAGCCCAACUCUGGCAGGCACAGGGAAUAGUGGGGAGGAGAUGGUGCCUACUCCACCCUUGCCCUCCUCUGAAAGGCCUCUGUGGCCCCUCUGCCCCCUCUCUGGGCCCACAAGAGCAGAGAGGGAGACUUCCCAGGGGGGAGCCAUUGGGCCCACAAUCCUCUCCCCAGAGCCCAGAGCUUGGCCCCUCCAUUUAAUGCAAGAUACCCCAGGCCCCAGAGGGCUAUCCAGUGGGGGACACAGGGCCCCCAUUUGGGGGCAGCUGCCCACCUCCUACUUGCCCAUCUAUGCCCCCAAUGUGGUCGUGCCCUUGGCACCACCGCCUAGCUCCUGUCCCGGGUGUCCACCUUCCACCAGCCCAGCCUACUGGGGACGGUGCCCUGAAACCCAACGGCCCUCGAGGUUGCUCUGGGAUCUUGAUGCCUUUUUCCAGGGGGUGCCCCCCAACAAAAGUAUCUAUGAUGUGUGGGUCAGCCACCCUUGGGACCUGGCUACCCCUGCCCCAAGCUGGCUACUCUCUUGGCACAGCCUGUAAGGCUCCUGCAGCAGGGCCACUG